AUGCAGUAUACUAUAGUUAUUCUUGCCAUUAUUGGAGUAGUGCUGAGUGCCGAUUUCGGCGGUAGUAUGAUCGAGCAGAGCGUUAUGGAAGGACCUGAUGAUACGAAUGGUCCUGAUGACAUGGAUGGUCCAGGCGGUAAAGGUGGUCCAUUUGGUGGACGAUUCGGUCCCGGUGGUCGAUGGGGACAUCGCCACCACCAUCGUGGACCUCCACCACCACCAUAUCUCAAAAAUGUCACUGAGGACGCUCGUCGAGAGUAUUUCGAAAUCAUGAAGGACAUGAACAAGACGAUUGCACAGCAGAAGCAGGACAUUCUGGCCUGGGCUACAGAGCAUGGAAUCAGGGACCAAGUAGAAGAAUUCAAUGCGAAUUGGACUAGAAUAAGAGCUGAAAUGAGGAAGAAUACAACUGAUCUUAUCAAUUCGAUGUUGUCCGAAUACCAAAAAAUAACUGCCAUCUUGGACAACGAAGAUCAGACCCGUAUCGAGAUGUUCAAGGCUUUGGGCAACCUGAGUGCCGAAAAUCCAAAGGCAUACCAUGCCGUUUGGUUCGCCAUGGGUAUGUUCAAGCGUAGACGUGGUGGUCGCCGACCACAUGGUCCUCCUGGAUUUGGAAGUGAAGGUCCAAUGGGUCCGAUGGGAAAAGGUGGAUUCGGUGGAAAAGGAGGGUUCGGUGGAAAAGAAGGAUUCGGUGGCUUUGGUGGACAACGAGGAAUGGGUGGAGGAUUCAGAGGAAUGAUGGAUAGUCAACAAGGUGGGCGAGGUAGACGAGGUGGCUUCGGUGGACCAGGUGGAAUGAUGGGUGGCCAACGUGAUCAGGAAUUCGGAGGACAACAAGGAGGACGGGACAGCCCAGUCUUCGAUCAGAAUCAACUUGAUGAUCCUUUCUACGAAUAA